UAUAAAUUACUAUUUAAUUACAUUAUUAAAAUAAUAUUUAAAAAAAAGGAAUUUCUUCUUAGAUUCUUUGUAAUUUUUGAAAUGAUCUCCAAAUUCGAAAUAAUUCUUCCAUAAUUUAUAAGAGUGGAAAAGUAGAGAAGGGAAGGAAUGGCAGAGCCAAAGCCAACUGCCCCAACGGUUUUGGAAAGUGGCAUUGAAUUAUCAUUUAACUCUUCCCAUAAAUUUGAAUAUAUUCAGGUCGAAAUGAUGAAACACCAGAAAAGGACAGAUAAAUACAACUUUAACACCACUUACAGUAUAAAUUCACAUCGUUUCCGAGAUAUCAUGCCGUAUUUUAAUCUCGAUAUGAUUAGUCUGGAACUAAAGCAUCUCUAUAUAAGCGAAGAGGAUUUAUCGGGCCUGUUAAAAAAAUGCAAAAAACUCACCAAGCUAUCAUUAGAUACAUGUCCUUUGAUUAGUCGAACCAUCAUAAAAAGCUUGGACCAAUGCCACAAACUUAAACAAUUUUAUUUCAAGUUUCCCGAUUAUCGAGCCUAUGGGAUAACAAACAAUAUGGUAACCAGAUUACGGUCGGGCAGUGACCCGGGGGGAGCGUCACCAAAAAUAUCUAAAGAACUAGGCCAUGAAAACUUUAAAAAUAAUACUCUGAACCUUUUGCACAAAAGACUAAGCAAAGAAAAGAUGGAGGAUAGUGAUAAUAUAGCUAAUCUUAUAGUCAAACAUUGUAAUUCGAAUUUAUAUUCCUUGACUCUUAAUAUAGAUGCUAAUCAGAAUAGAUUUUCUCUCAAAGAUCCAGAAUUCUAUGUAAAUAAUCAGCGUUUGCAAUCGCUUACUAGCACUCGAGCUUCCAUGUUUAGUGUGUGGCAAAAUUUCUCAUUAGUCAAAGAGGUCAAAAAAUGGUGGUUAAAUGACACUGGUGUGGCUUACGUGGCGGAAUGUUUCCCAUACCUCAAAAAUCUUAAUUUGAACGAGUGCCUAUUGUUGACCGAUGAAACGCUUUACGCCAUAUCCCAUAAUAACAAAGGACUUGUCAAAUUGGUUCUCAAUCAUUCUCCGAACUUUACUAUCGAAGGCUUUCAAAGAUUGGCCCAAAAUUGUACUUCUAUCCGAGCCUUGGAGGUAGCUUGGUGUGCAAAGGUGGACGACAACUGUAUAAUACUCUUCGUUAAAAAGUUUCUCCGAUUAAAUAGCCUAGAUGUAUCCUAUUGCAAACUUGUCACAGCUGACUCCUUAAGGUUCAUUAUCGUAUACAGAUACAAUAAUUUACAGUACUUAAACAUGGAAAAUACGGGUUUGAUAAAAAAGUCUGCCUUGUGGAAAGAAAGCGAUAUCGAAUCAAUGAAAGAUUUUGAAAUAGUAAUAUGCCCUAUUAUAGCGGUUUGUUUUUUAAAAUAUCUUAAAUUUUUUCGAUGGUCAGAUAAAGGCCUCGAUUAUACCUAUUCAUUUGAACCCGGAAAGGAACUGAAUCAGAAGUCUCUCGGCUUAAAUGACGAUAUAUACGUCUUCCAUUAUUAUGAUGACUAUUUUAGCACUUCAAAUGAUGAUGUCGAUUUUACCACUUAUAGCACACGCAUGUUCCAUAUGGGACAAUCUUUGCGGGAUACUCAAAAAUAUUUUAGACGAAUGAAUAUCUUCAAUAGAAUCAAAAUAUUUAUAAUCGAGGACCCUCAUUUCAAAACGAAAUACAAUUGCGAUAUUUUACGAAUUUUGGAAACUUUGGGUCAUUUAGAAUCGUUAGCCACUCGUAAAGACUUGAAAAUCGUUCUGUGGUGGCCAGACCUACUUCCUGAUGUAAUACAUCAGGAAAAUAAUACGGAUAUUUGGUUUUCUGAAAAUCAAAUCAUCAUCGAAAUAUGGCUCAUUGAUCUAAAUCCGAUAAACAGCUUACAACUUGAAUAUUUAUCCUUCAAUAAUUCCAUAUACGUGAUAUUGAGUGAACCCGAAGAGCAGGAUAACGCUUCAACCUCCUCGCUCCUAUCUUUUAUGCAAUCGGUUCAAACCAGAAAUCCAGGCUCAACUUUCCUGAUUCUUGAUAUACUACAAGAUGAAGAAAAUAAGCAUAGAUCGUCUGACAUUCAAAGUCUGUAUGAGAGAACGGAAAAGAUGUUUACCAAUUUGGAGAUUUCCAUCAAUCAAGAAAUAGACUUCCUAAGAAAAUUGACGAAGUCUUUAAUGUGCCAAAAUAGAUAUAUGAAAUUAGCGUAUAUGCUCACACGAUUGCCUACCCUUAUCAAACUAGAGAUUGACCAAAAAUAUGAACCAGGGAUAUUGGACGAAGAUAUGUUAGGCAGAAAGCUAUUAAACAUAAUCAAAAGCUUAAACUUCGUAAUACAAGACCAAUAUGUAGACGAUUAUGUGCCCAAUAUAAGGCCCACCUUCUUAACAGACAAAGGGGACCAAUAUAAUGACGGGAUAAAUGUGGUCAAUGUUAACGAUCUCUUACUUCUAUGCCUAAUUAUGGAACUUAAAAAGCGUGACGUACCCUUGGCCAACUGGAAAGAAUGCAGAAGCAAAUGGAAGAUACAAUGCAUGUAUUCCAAUGAUCUUGACUUGGAAAAGGGCUUACACUCACUGAUAAAAAAGGGCUUGAUAGAUUCCUUUAGAUAUUUCAAAGACUUUCCUCGACCAUCCCAAAUAGAUACUGUGAUAUUGGACUCCCUCAAAUUUCAUGACUAUGUGUCUGGACUUAAUCAUUGGGAGAAUGUCCUAUCGAAAACACUUAACAACCCAGAUUCCAUAGUACAAUUGACUUCUCAUGAUAUGGAUGAAAACAUGGGGUCUACUUAUUCAGGACUAUCAGGAAUAUCUAACAAUGAUAGUAACGCUCCCGUUUAUGAUGUAUCGAACACGGAGAAUGAUACAAAUAUUAUGAAUGAAAAGGAGAUAGCAUCAUGUAAAACUCUUGCCACACAAUUAGGACUAAUAACGAUCGAACUCAGUUCGAAACAAGUUAAUGCCACAAACGCGGAGUUAUACAAUGAGUACUUAAACAUUAAACGCCAACUCGCUGAGGUUAAUAGCAUCGACAAAAUGGCGGAAUCAAAUAGAUUAUCCCUUUCAUGGGAAUACCGAUUUUGGAUGCCAGAAAACCAAUAUUUACUUCUUUAUAUGAAGAAUUACUUGAUUAUGAAAUUCAUGGAAAAAUCCUUUACAAAAUCAAUCUUCGUUAACGGAAAUACAUUCGUGAUUCAAAAGAAUAAAAUCAUGGAAAUUAUCAAAUUAGAAGAUAAUGUAAUAUCCAUAGAUGUAAUACAUCCCAAUAUCAAGAUAUCAGAUAACACCAGAAACUUGAGAUUGGUAAAAGCCAUGUGUCGGGAGAUGGCUAAGUUGUUGACGUGGAUAGAGAAAUUUCUGCAACUUUACCCCGGAUGCUUUUAUCAAACUUAUUUCAAAUGUCAUCCCAAUCAACUGCAAAGCCAACUUAUCUUAAGCAGCGAUACCACCUCAGAAUUAAACUCUCCGGAGGCUCAGGCAGAUAUUGAUUCAACAAUCAACUUAAAUUCCAAAGAUCCUUAUGAGGAAUCUACUUUUAAAAACUUUUUCCAAGUUUAUUACGAAAAUUCUGUCCAAAAGGAAGCAUCUGCAACACUUAACGAAGAAGAGAACUCAAGCAUCAUCGAUCAAAUAUCAAACAUAACAUAUAAUAUAAACAACAAAGACUUUUCCACGUGGGUAUUCCAUCUGGCGCAAAUGAGUGAUCCUAGAUCUUCCAACACUUACCAAAUUGUGAGAGAGGUAAUGAAAAUAGAAAAAGAUGCUAAGGAAAUCCCUGAUUUAAGUGAAGCAAAUCUCGAUAUAAUGGCGGAUGAUAAUAAUCCAAUCAACGAUAACAUAAUUCUAAAUGAUAAUCAAAAUAAUAAAGAUUUUAUUCAUGCUAAGGAGGGUAAAACACUUGACAAUACAGAUAAAAUUGACACCCAAAAUAAACAAGAAGACGCAAAUCAUGAAGCCAUACAUAAUUUUGCAAAAAUUAUGCAAGUGAAAAUUUUACCGACCCCGAUGAUUAUAGAAAGAAAAAAUUCUUCGCAAAUAAAAGAUGGCCAGAACAAUCUCAAAGAAGAUGAUAUUCCUAGUAAUCCCGAUACAGAUAACGAGAAGAAGGAGAAAGAGGAAGAGGAAGAGAAGGAUCUCAAAGAUAAGGAUGACAAGCCCGAUUACAAUAACAUAAAUAACAAAGAAAUUGUGGAGGAAAAGAAUAAGAGAGAAUUGAAAGUUUCUAGAAAUAAGUCCUUGUUUGCUAAACACCAUCAAACCGGAAUAACCGGUUCACUAGACGCCUUGCCGUUGCCAACUAACAAAGAAGGUAGUAUUACUCCUCUUAAUGAACACAGACGCUUUUCCUUUGUCAAGAUGAUAACUGAUCGCCGUAAUCACUUGAGGAGUCAAAUCCAAUCCAGAUUUUGCACGAUUUUAUGAAGCUAAAUAACAUAAAAUUAUGUGUUAUUUAAGUUUAUAAAUUCUGGAUUUUAACUUGUAAUUUUUUGUAAAAUACAUAAUUUAUGGUCUCUAAGCUAAAUAGAUUCACUCUGCCCCUCUUCCACAAAUAUGGCCAAAUAAAUAUGUUUUUAUACAUUAACCACAAACGUGCUUUAAAUUAUAUACAUUUAUUUUGAACAAUGAUGUUACUCUUACCCCUACAUUUAUUGUUACAA